CUUUUGCCUCGUAUCAUUUGUGGCAAGGACGGAAAUAAAAUAAUGUGAUGCCUUCAUAGUAAUGUGAUUGUCACACUGCUCUUUUAUUUCUAUCGCAACGGCAUGAGUUGUCGUGCUUUUGAAGUACUACAGUUGGGAAAUCGAGUCCGCAUAUUUCCGCGCAAAAUUGUCUUGACUGUGAGUGUGAUUGCUGUAUUAUUUUUGUGCAACAUCUUCUAUUCAAGACAUUCCAAUAUAAAACCAGUGAAAAGUGUUGAAGAACUCAAUGCUGCACGUAAAGAAAUAUUGGAACUUAGUAAAAAAUAUGUGAAGGAUUUAUCAAACAAACUUGUGGAAGUCGAGGAUGGACCUGCAGCAUAUCCGUAUACUGGUUAUGAUUUGAAAAAGGCUCUGGCGGUGUUAAUCAACGAUUUAAACGUGCGUGUCGAACAUUUAAGUGAUCGUAUUCAGGUGCUGGAAAACCAUGUUUUUAAAGAUAAAGAGGUGAAAGAAGUUAUGAGAAAUGGCAGGAAGGAUAUGGUCGCAGUCAAUGCUGUCGAUAUACUAAAUAAUGAGCAAGAAGAUUGUCCAUUUCCAAGUUUUGAUGAUUGGCCGUACUGUGAAAGCAAAAUUGUAUGGAUGAGGGAAAUGUGGGAAUCGGACAAAUGUUAUGCAGAAUGGGGUGUAGAUGGCUCAGAUUGUACAAUAUUAGUUUACCUAAGUGAACAAGAACGUUGGUGCCCUCCUUUUCCAUGGAGAGUCAAUAAAACUAUGGAUGAAGAAGCACAAGCUGAUUUUGAACUGGCGGUGAUACGGAGCGAUUUUACGAGAUUAUUUGCCCAAAUGGGAGACAGCUUACAUUUUAAAUGGAUAAAAUCAAGAAUUUCUAGGAUGGCCCCUACUUGGAUUGAAGCUGGUAGAAGUUUACAUAAAAAAUUUUACAACAUGAGACGGAAAAGAAAAAAGGUUUUAUUUCACAUGGGACUCUUAUCUGAAGACAUAGGCUGGGACAUUGCGAAGAAUGCUUUCAGUGGUGGACCACUUGGUGAACUUGUUCAAUGGAGUGACUUGAUCUCAGCUGUAUAUAUUUUAGGACAUGAUAUAACAUUAUCCAAGUCCGUGUCUGACCUAAAAGAAAUAUAUGAUCCUUAUUUGAAUUCAGCCAGUAGCAAUUGUCCAUUGAAGAAAACUCCUUUUGAUAUAUUGUACAGUGAUAUAGCUGGAUUGAGAAUGUUAAAGAAAGUUGCAACAAAGAAAUUUCAUUUGUUACAGUGCAACAUUAGAGUACUUGAUAGUUUUGGUACAGAACCAGAAUUCAAUCAUGUAAAUUAUGCAAGUAAGAAAACACAUAAAAGUUCAUGGGGAAAAUGGAAUCUAAAUCCAAAACAAUUUAACACAAUGUUCCCUCAUUCUCCUGAUAACACAUUUCUUGGAUUUGUUGUAGAGGAACAUUUAAACGAUACUUCAAUUCAAGAUAUUAAAAAAGAGAAUAUUGCUCUUGUAUAUGGGAAAAGAGAUUUGUUUUGGCAAGAGAAAGAAGAAUAUAUAUCGGCUCUCCAUGAUGUUAUUGAAGUUCAUUCAACCAUUGAUAAUAAGACAGAACUGGAAAAUGUUCCAGAUUACGUUCACAAUCACGGUGUGUUACCUGGUUUUGAGUUGCAUCAAUUAUUAAGAAGAGCAAAGAUUUUUGUUGGCCUUGGUUUUCCUUAUGAAGGACCUGCUCCAUUAGAAGCAAUUGCAAAUGGAGCUGUAUUCUUGAAUCCCAAGUUUUCUACUCCGAAAAAUAGUCUGAACACUCCAUUUUUCCUGGGAAAACCCACUUUAAGGAAACUUGCCUCGCAACAUCCAUACGCAGAAAUGUACAUAGGUCAACCUCAUGUACAAUCUGUUGAUAUGGAGAAUCUAGAAUCAUUGAAAGAAAUUGUAAAAAAAAUUAUAAACAAUGAAGAAGAGGUAAAGCCAUACCUUCCCUACGAGUUUACAUGCGGUGGCAUGUUAGAACGAUUAAGCUUAUAUCUUGAUAAACAAGACUUUUGUUCUGGAAAUGUCAAAUCAAUAUGGCCACCAAAAUCUGCUCUUCAGAUUAAAAUUACUGAUGGAAGUCAGUCCUGUAUUGAUGUUUGCCAUGUUAACGGGCUUAUUUGUGAACCGUCCUAUUUUCCCAUAUUGAACAAGCAUUCAACAUUUGCUUCGUUAAAUAUAACAUGCUCGGAAUUUCCAUCUACUGUUCCGCAAACGGAAAUUGAUUAUCCAGCGUUUCUUCAUGAUACAUGUUUUCUUCAGUCAGACAACAAACUUUUCAGUUGUGCUGGAAGAUACACAAAUAUGAAGAGAAUAUGUCCAUGUCGUGAUUACUUACAGGGUCAAGUAGCAUUAUGCAAAGAUUGCGUGUAACAUUGACAUCCGUCUUGAGUCUUCGUCCAUAAGAUUUUUAUGGUUCUUGUUUUAUUGUUAUAUUUUGAGUGGCAAAAUACCCAUUUUGUAAACCAGCAUUGAGGAAGCAUCAUAAGAGUAUUCUAGUUUAAAUUUAUUCUCCCUCCAUUGCUUUAUUAUUAUAAAAUAAUUUUAUCACGUUAUCUCAAAUCUUAAUUUACUAGAGUAUUUUUUAUACUAUGACAAAAGGAAUUUAUGUACCUUACUGUGUAAUAGUUAAUGUUCAGCAUGACUCUUUCCAAUAAAUUUUCAAUUUCAUGACGACUUAAAACUGUUUGCUGCUCAGUUUUGGAUUUAUUAAAUUAUAUUCGACUUCUUUGUUCUUCUCGGAAUGGGGUAACAAUCUCUACAGUGAUACCUCUAUAUCUAUCUAGCUUAUUGCUAUUCUAAAAUGGCUACUUUUUCAUAUCUUUUUAGAUAGAAAAUAUGAUACCGGUAGUUAAAAAUAAUUUGUAAUUUACCGCUUAUGAUAUUUAUGAGCUAUUUUGAGAUCAGGUGUAAUUAGGAUGAUUAGACUGUCUGUUUCAAAUUUUAAAGUGUUCUGGUUAUAUCUAUGAUUAAGUUUGAAUCCCAAUUUCCCCCACCUCACUCGAGGGGUUGACAAUACCGAAUCAAAGGAUUUCGAUCUUUCCGAAUAAUAUUAGCUCAUUAUAUAUCGUUGGAUAACAGUGGCAGCUUGCAUAGGACCUCAUUCGGAGCGAGAGGCGUGAUUAAAUAUCGAAUUGAAAGGAAUCAUAAUAUUGUCAUUCUAUUUUUGGCAGCCCCGUGCAGGAAAAUUGAAUAAUUCCCAAUUGCAAACGAAAAUAAUAUUAUUAAAUGUGAAGCAUUGAAUAUUCUCUUGUGUUCAAAAUAGAACUCGGAGAAAUUGUAAAUUAAUAGAAUUUGGUGAUGCAGAUUAGUUUAGAUACUAUAGAUUUUCUGUUUAUUUAAUAUCUGACGAUCAGGUUUCAAAUGCUUACUUAUGUUAUAAUAUAGUAUUUUAAUUGAAAAACAUUUUAAAUUCUUCCAGAAGUCCUAUAUAUAUAUUUAUACAGUAAAUCAGAUAUUACCAGGUUUAAAUAUUCUUUAUUCGAUUCACUUCGAAAUACCUGCCCUGUGUAGGUGCUACUGCGGCUGCAAUUAUAAAUUGUAAAUAGAUGUUUUUUUCUGUUAUGUUUUAAUUCUAUUUGAAUUGAAUUCAGAGUUAUGCAUUUUAUUGUAAUUGUUUGGUUGCAAUGUUUUUUGUCUUUUUGCGAAUAUAUAUAUAUUUGUAAUUUUCUAGUUCGCGAAAUAAUUAUUUAAACAGUUUUAAACUUUUUGUAUUAAACAGAAAUAUAAGAGAUAUAUGUCAGGAUAACAUUUUUUAUAAAUUCAAUGGUAUGGAUUAUCAGUGGAGAAUGGUGAGAAACGUCACUGUUCAUAUGUUUUUGUGGAAGCUUGACAAGAUUUGUAUAUUAUUAGUACCGGUAAGUCCCCUCAAUCAUAAAAAAAAUUAUUUGUUUCAUUUCCCCACAUUACUGAUGCUAUAUUGAUGGUUCAAUAUCAGAAUUAAUUGACUGUAUUUAUAUUGUCAUUCAUUGAUGUCAUUCACAAUUUUUAUGUCGAUAGGGUCCAAGAUUUGCUGGACUUUAGCAUCACAUUUCGAAUUGCGAAACAACUUCUUGCCAUUAAUCUCAUUUGCUAUUUGGAGAAUUAUAUUGCCAGUUAUUCCAUACAGUUCUGUCGAGUAAACUGACACCAAACUUCAGGCUAUUUAAAAACUCUCAUGUACUCCUGAUUGAAGCAAAUUUUGACUCCAUAUUUGCAUAACUACAAGAAAACCAAAUUUUGAUAACAAACUUUGGUAUAUGAAAGCUUUUUUUAGUUGUCUGUUUAGAAUGCCCAAUCACUUUCAUGGUUUUUGAUGAAAAUUUUGUCCUUGAUUAUCACGAUUUAAAUUUCGAAAUUCACAAUUUUCACUUCAGUAUGAAAAUACGACUGUGAUUCCAAUAUCGAUAAAAACAUGCCAAACCGAGUAUGCUUCAAGCCAUGAUUUCAUACCCUCAUUUAUAAAUCGAAUAAAAGUUGAUGUUUCGCUCAAUGAAUGAACAAUAUUCUAACUCCAUUCUCAGGAUAAGUGUUAAAUCAUCUUCUAUUUAGUUAUGAGCAAAAAAAGUUAAACCCAGACUAUGGAUACCAUUGUUGUGAAUAUUGUACAUCUUAGAUCAUAAUUUCAAUGCCAUUUUUUGACUAUUUUCCUUUUUCACACAGCAUCACAUCUUUUCUAUAUCAUGAUUUUAGCGCCGUUUUGACAAUUUUUUUUUCUCUCCCUAAAAUCAAAUAGCAAGUUCUGUUGAGUAAAGUCAUGGUGAUUUAACACUUAGUUGGGUUGUGAACACAUCUUAAAUUCAAACAUUUAUUAUGACUUAACCAACAUUUUUUAUAUAUAGCCUCAAGUGACCCUCAUACAACCAACAAAUUUAAGGUUAAUCUUGACCAACUCUAUACUGUCCUGGUAGUACACUGGUCAAUUAUUAGUAGUUGUAUCUUAUCUUUCGUGAUUUUAAAACAUGAAUUUUGAAUUGAAAAAAGAUUAUUUUACUGCAAUCAGUAUUGUUUAUUUUCUAGUUCCAGGAAAAAUACAUUGAAAAAUAUCAUUUUUUGGCUGUCGACUGUUAUUUAAAUCCAUUCUUUUCAUUCAGCUCAGUGAAGCACCUGUUAGCAUUGUUUGAUGAAGCAUUGUUUCGUUGUGUGAUUAACCAUUUUGCAUCUUUUUUAAAUACUGUGUUCUUUGAAUUUCCAUGUCUUAUUUAUAUCUCAUUUUUCCUUACAUCAUUUAGUUUGUUAGUGUGUCAAAUAAUUCGACGGUAAUUUACGUUGGAUUUAGUAGAAUUAAAUUCACUUUUUUUGCACACAUAUAAUCAUAUUUUAAACAUGGUGGCUUGUCUUACGAAUUA